AAAUAUGAGGAAAAUUGGUAUGAAGAUCCGGCAUACAUGGUUCUUUUUGUUUGCAGAUGGGUGCUGUUCAUAUUGUUCUGGGUGCUUUGGAUUUUGAUGUUCCUGGCUGCCAUUCUUCUGGUUGUAUUCAGUCCACGAUGUGCACCCAAAGUAUUGCCGCACUGGUGGCAAAAUGCCAUUGCUUAUCAAGUUUGGACACCAUCGUUCCAAGAUUCGGAUGGAAACGGUGUUGGUGAUUUCAUCGGUCUAACCAAUCGCUUGGAGAAUUUGCGACGACUUGGUGUUCAAGCUGUCUGGCCCAAUCCGUUCCUGCUUUCCGAUGGUUUCAGCGAUGCAAUUCGUGAUCAUUUGGCGGUCGACUCAAAACUCGGUGUUAAUGAUGAUGCCAACAAACUGAUCGAAGCUGUUCAUGACAAAGGUGCGUCGUAA